AUGUUUGGGAAUAGCCGCUUUACCCGCGAUUCCACCAGCAGUUUCAGCUCCCUUCAGUCUCAUGGCUCCUUUUGGGAGGAACAGCGCUCCAGUUCUUCCCGGCCCAGUGGGAAGACCAUCUACUUACAGAGAAAGGAGUACGCAGAAUCCAUGAACAGACAGCCAGACAACUUCCAGUACAGAGUACAGCACCUGUUCACCCUCGAGAUGGAUGGGCAGCAGGUGAGAGGUGUAGACGACUGCGUGGCCCGACUGAAGCAGCUGGACGCCAGGGGCCGUGUUUGGGCUCAGGACAUGAUCUUGGAGGCCCGGGGGGUCUACCUACAGCUGAGUGACAUCGAGACCAAGGAGGAACUGGAGACCCUACCUCUGGCCCGCAUCUCCGACAUCCAGGCCGUGCUGGACAGCUGCACCUACAACUCCCUGCUGAUGGUGGCUGUACAGGAGGGCAGUCGGAGCAAAGUCUUCAUGUUCCAGUGCGAGGAGGUUGGGGCUGAGAACAUCAGAGAUGACCUGAAGAGCACCAUCCAGCACAGGAAGGGAGAAGCAUCUAACCAGCUUCAGAGGAACCAGCACAGCAUCAGGAGCGACCUGGAGAACAUCCUUGGCCAGGAAGUCCGACGGAGUUUCCGAAACACUGAGCCACCCCCAAUGCAGCCAGAAAGAUACGUCCCACCCCCGGAGCAGCCACCUCCACAGCGGAACGAUCCAGACCGUGAACAACGUCUCCCUUUCGCCCCUCAAGAGGACCCUCGUAGAGGACGGGAAGCAUCUCCUCUCCCCCCGUACACAGAGACAGACAGAAGUGUGGAAAUCUUCAACCACAUAGUUGCCGAUCUGGAGCUCUUCAUGGAGAAAGUGUCUGCUGCCAUUCCCAUGCAGGUUAAAGGCAAGAAGAGCAAGCAGAAAAAAGGUAAAGGUGCUGUUGCGAUGCCACCGACGGACGAGUUCAUCUCCUGCUUGGAGAAAAUAAAGUAUGGGUUCAAUAUCAUGGGGAAGGUGAACGGUCAGAUCAGCAACCCGAGCGCCGCGGAGUUCGUUCACAUUCUCUUCUCCACUCUGAGCUUCGUGGUAUCGCACUGCCCCCCCGAUUUGCCCCCCUCUGUGCUCAUCCCGCUGCUGACGGAGUCCACCCUCAGACUCAUGGCCCAGGAGGUGACUCCCGAGGAGGACCAGCUCUGGCAGUCCCUGGGAGAUGCCUGGAACAUCCCCAGGUCCAAAUGGCCAGACGGAGAUCUGCUGCCCCCCUACGUGCCAGAGUUCUACGAUGGCUGGCGGCCGCCCAGUCCCGUCCAAGCCCUCCCAAACGAGCGGUUCGUCAGCAGGUCCAGUAGCCAGCGGAACCAACCAGAGCAGAAUUAUGGACCGUGGGACAAGCCUCCAUCACGCUCCAACGGGCCGUCCAUCUACAUGCGUGUCAUGUACGACUUCAUGGCCAGGAACCCCCAGGAACUGAGCGUCAUGAAAGGAGAAAUGGUGCAAGUGCUGGACCAGUCCAGACAGUGGUGGCUGGUGCGAAACAACAGCAACCAGGAGGGUCACGUUCCGCACAACCUGCUGGAGCCCCUGGAGGGGGACAGACCACCGGAGCAACCUGCACCGCGUCCGUCCACGGGUCACCAGUCUCCUCCGUCCAUCAACAUGAUGUCCAGCCCCAAUGACGUGAAGGCCUGGCUCGAGUACAAGGGCUUCUCCCAGAUUACGGUGCGCAGUCUGGGCACACUCACUGGCGCCCUGCUUCUGGGCAUGACGAGGGACGAGCUGAGAGCCGUGUGUCCCGAGGAGGGCGGAAGGGUCUUCUUCCACCUGCAGGGAGUGAAGUCAGCCCUGGCGGUGACUGCUCUAAAACUCAACCAGUGGACCAUGUUCCUAAAGGACACAAAUGGACCUCUUGCCAGCGAGAACGGGUUCGAGGCCUACCGGGGUCGCUAG